UGUUUUAGGAAUCAAGCAGGGAAGAUUCAGAACUAAGUAUGAAGAAAACAAUAUACGGUCUGACUGCAGGCUAAAGAUUCAAGGAAUGUCAGACUUGUUGGAGUGUGUAGACAUUGCUUGGGAUGAUUUCUUCUUUGAUGAUGACCAUACAGUUCCCCAUCAUGGUUCCAAUAGGCCCGCCGAUUAUUCAAACAACAAGAUGUGUCGCUUUGAUGUAGCUAAUAUUUCGAAUAAGACUGGAGGAUCUGCCACUAAUUAUGUUGAUCACAGAAAGGAGAAAAGUGAAAUUUCAUCUCUGAGUAAUACAAAGGUGAAUAUGUUGGAGAAAAAUUCAUGGUCCCGCAGUGGUCCAUUUAUUUCUGGGUUAGACAAUGAACUAAACAAAGAAGCAUCAAGUUUAGCUUGUGAUAGUACCAUGCUGUUGCCUCAUGGCUUGAAGAGCAACAAUAGAGACUUAAACCGUAGUGAACUUCUUAAGCACGAUGCCAUUGUCAAUAACAAUACCAGUCUAGUUGAUGACAGCCCAUUCAGUUUCCUGAUUGGUGACGCAAAUCAUACCGGCAAUGACAAUACUUUCUUUGGACAUGCUCAGAACAAAGAUUCCAGUGAUCUUCUCUAUGGUGUUUGGUCUGAAAUAGAGAACUUUGAUGAUAUUGACAGGAUAUUUAGAAGUGAUUCAGCAUUAGACGUUGGGGUGAAUAAAGAAGAUGGGUUCAGUUGGUUAUCAUCAGCGGAUUCAGUACCUUAUAUAGGUGGGCCCGGGGAUGCUCUAAAGUCAGAUGCUAAGUUCCCAUUUCAUGAUCCAAGCGAGGUCAAAACUAUUUCAGAGAAUCAUGACUUCUCAAAUGGAAACUCCCCAAAUAACUUUUCCAUGGAAAAUGCACCUUUUAGAAUCAAGGACUGUUCUUGGACCUUAGAAAAGUCUGAUUCUUAUACGUCUUUUUUGACUGGGCCUGAUCUUGACGAUAGAAAAGAUGGUGUGGGAAAGAAAUCCAAUGCAAAUAUACAUACGGGAAUUUCAACUAGAAACCAUUCCAGAGCAGGCGACCCUGCAGGGACCAAUGAGCACAAAAAACAGAUCAAGCUCCAGAGUCAAUCUGAGGGUAAAGUGCAUUGCCCUAAAAAUGGUGGUCAUGCUCAGAUCAGUGAUCUGCAAAAUGAAAUCAUGAACCCUUGUACUGGCUUGACUUCUGACGAGUCAUUAGCAUCAGUUCAUGUUCAACAACAGCCGCAUACUCCGGCUUCUGAUUCAAAUAGCUGUUUAGAGAAUCCAAUCUCUAACAUCCAUACAAAGGGUAGCCAUCUGUCCGAUCCAUCUUCAGUAAAUCUGGAAGAAUCAAUGGUUAAAGCUGAGACCAAUGACUUCACAUCCAUUUCUUCAAGGGACUACCGUCAGGCAUCGGGCCAAUUGCAAUAUAUGGACGGUGUUCCUGGCCCUCCUUUUAAGGAAACUGGUCAAGUUGCAUGUGGACAAAGAGAAAAGCUAGAAAGUUAUCGAGGCAAUCUAUCCCCUGAACUUGCCAGCCUCGGAAAUGGAAGUGUGACCAUCCAGGCCACGAUCUCUGAUCCUGCCUUAGUAGGGACAUAUGAGAAUAACAGUGAUCUUCAAGGAGUUAGCUCAGUUACUGCAACAGAAACGAAUUCCUCAUGUAUGCAUGAAAGCUCAACACGGGUUCCAGAUUUGGAUGAUAUUUCACUGGAAGCAGCUAGUUUUCAUCAGCUUCAACUUGUUACGAAACAGUUGGAUUUAAGGACAAAGUUAUGCUUAAGGGACAGUUUGUACCGUUUGGCUCAGAGUGCUGAACAAAGACGCAGGAGUUCAAACUUGAAUGAUAGCUUUGGAGAUGAAAGAGAUGCUGGUGGAGCAUACGAGGCUGAAGGAACAAAUAGGUGCACUACUUUCAUGGAUAUGGAAACAGAUACGAACCCUAUGGAUCGCUCGGUAGCACACUUAUUGUUUCACAGACCUACAGAUUCAUCUACCACUCCUUCCCGUGACUCAUUUAGUUUCAAGUUGCCUAAUGUGGUUCAUGGGUCUGCUGCAAGUCCGCCGUUAUUGGCCAACAGUUUGGAGAGUGAAACAAAGGUGUCUGAGGUAUAAAAGGUGCGCGUGACUGCCAAGAACAAAAUGCUCGAGUGAAUAUGGUAAAACGGAUGUAAAUUAUCAUGCUUGAAUAUUAGUUCAGGCCUAGUUAAGUUAGCACACACCAUGUAUAGGAAGUGCAUUAGAUCACAGCAAAUUCCAUCAAAUUUUUGUAAUGUAAAUUAUAUUGUGGUGAUUUUUUUUUUUGCUGCUGCUGUUGUGUACUAACUGACGAGAGAGACUUCGUCACUGGUUUGUUCACACUGCUUACUUUCUUGUGUAUUAUGUAGUCAGAGAUGAAUACAGAUUUGUUCGAUUUCAAUAACAUUGGGAUUUGGGGUA